AUGUCCAACGGGAAUCUUUCGACUGCCAUGUCAUCCAGCAUAACGGUUCUCCUGCCACCACUCUUGCCUGUCACUGAUAAUGAUCACGGUGCUUGGGUUAUCACCGUGAGCACUAUUCUACUUGUUAUCACUAUCCUUGCGACAACAGUGACAUUGAUAUCUCGCAUCCGUGUUUUGCGCAGAGUUUCCUGGAGCGAUUCAACUCUAUUUAUCAGUUGUAUCAUAUUUAUUCCGGAGACUGUCUGUGUUAAUGUGGCCAGCUCCCAUGGCAUUGGCAAGCACCGAGAUGCGUUGAGCAAUGCCUCAUUUGAAAAAUACAGCAAGGCACUCUUUGCGAGUCAACUUCUCGCCGUUCUCGUCUUAGGAUGUUCCAAGGCUGCCGUUGCACUUCUGGUCCUAUCCUUGCAACCUUUUGAGAGAAUGACACUUGCAUGCAAGGUUGCUUUGGGCUUGAUCAGUAUCUGGGUUAUAACUGCACUCAUAGCGCUCGGAAAACAGUGCGAUCAACCACAACCGUGGAACUCCAGCCCCGAGCGAUGCGUGAACCAAGAGGCUUUAUAUAUCGCGUUGGGUGGCAUCCACAUGUUAUUAGAUGUGGUAAUCAUUGGGCUGCCGGUGGCUUUACUAUAUCAAGUCCAGAUAAUACAAUGGAAGCGCCACCAAAUCUCCGCCCUGUUUGGAAUGCGCAUCCUAGUUCUAGCCCUGACCAUUGCUGGCCUACGCUCCCUCCGACCACUCUAUAACUCCAACCCUUUAGAUGAAACAUGGAAUGCCCUUAUUCCAGCCAUCUGGCUACAAUUAAUCCUCAGUUCCUCUAUUCUCUGCACAUGCAUCCCAACCCUCAAACGUGUCCUGGCUGAGCUCCAGACCGGCAUGAUGGCCGGCAUAGUCUCGGACUUUUUUGAGCAAUCCGUCUCUGGUCACGCCAACUCUAGAGAUCAAUCAGCAUCCAAGUCCGAUAAUGCCAUUGGGCAGAGAUCAGGUUCAGGGUCGGCGUCCCGCUCCCGAAUUCGAAGUGACUCGGUCGACCUAGAGCGCGUGGAUAGUCAAAAGAACCUACAACAAAGUGCCGUGCGAACUAUCAACUAUGAGGCCUUUUACGAAGGGCCUGAUUCUUCCUUAUCUUCCCAUAGCGAUGAUCUGGGUAUAUAUUCACAUGGAGCCUAA